AUGUCCUCAACACCAAAUAUGCCCGAGAACGACGCUCGGACACGGGCCCUCGCGAUCCCAGAGAUCGUGACCUCAAUUCUGCACCAGAUGGACAUACGAACGCUGAGCACCGCCCAAAGAAUCAGUCGUACGUGGAAAGAUCUGAUCUGCACCACGCUAUCAUUGCAGAAGAUUCUAUCUCCCCGACCCAUCAGCCAUGAGCUCGGCCUGAGCACUCGGGUCGAGAACCCGCUACUAGCAGAAACAUUCCCAUCGAUUCUUAAUACUGAAGAAAAGGAUAUCUGCAUGACUGUUCUUAUCUGGGAGAAAUACCUAGCUGUUCGAGAAAUGUUCAUCCGACCUAAAGCCAGCUAG